CGUAUGUCGAGCGACGGCCGACGGUGCAGUAUGGCGAGCUAAACCGUUAAACAAAAACCAGUUUGUCAAAUCCAGCAGUCUGCUUCAUGGUUUGGAUGAUUCACUAUGGCUUGCUGCGUGAGGUAGACUCGUGAUUUGCGGCUGAGUGUGGUGAAGAUGACCGCGGAGCUGGACAGUCGCUUCUGCGCCGAUAACCUGCUAACCAGCGAGGACUGGGAUGCCUGUCUGUAUCAGUGUGAGGAUAUGGAGGAGGAUUUCACCGGAGAACUGAAAUAUGACACAUCGCUGGACAGUGAUCUUGUCCUCACGCUGGACCCUGAUAACCCCACAUCACCGUGGAAGAACCUGGAUGACAACCUGACAGGUGAAGUGUCAGUCAUGAAGGAUUAUAACAGGACUAUAACACAACCUCUGACAGUGGACAUGUUUUUCCAGGUGAAGACUGAACCUCCUUCACCUGCGUCGUCUCUGACCUCUGACAGCUCCAUCUCAUCUUUACCUGAAGCUCAGGUGACGGUGAAGAGUGAGAACCCGCCCACUCCACCGUACAUGUAUGGAGACGUGCUCUCGCCGCCGCUGACCAGUGUGGAGGUAACCGUCACCAGCGUCUCUCCACUGCAUCAGCCUCCCCUUCCUCUGGCCAUACAGCCACAUGCUCUCAGCAGCCUCGACACACAAACCACAGUCCUCUCCUCAGCAGCGUCGCUGAAGGCCAGCAGCAUUCUGAGCAGUAAACCUCUGAUCCAGCCCAAACCCGUGUGUGUGGCCGCGCUGCCGGUGGCUCAGAGCACCAGUCCAGCCAAAGCUCUCUUCCUGCAGAGCGUUCCCGUACCCAUCCCAGCCGUCGACCAGAACACCACGCCCGUGGUUCUGUCUCAGUCGGUGUGUCUGGGUUCUGCUCCUGCUAUUGUUAAAAUGGAGCCUUUGUCUCCCAGCAUGCUUCACUGCACUAGCCCCUCAGCCCCGCCCCCGAGCAAACCCAUCAUCCCAGCAUCCAGCCUGACUGGAAACAGCUGCAGUGACAUCGACAUGAAGGUUUUGAAGAGGCAGCAGCGUAUGAUAAAGAACCGGGAAUCGGCCUGCCAGAGCCGCAAGAAGAAGAAGGAGUACCUGCAGAACCUGGAGGCGCAGCUGCGGGAGGCGCAGCAGGAGAACGAGCGCCUGCGCAGAGAGAACCAAGCGCUGCGGCUGCGACUCGCCGGGAGAGAGGCUACGGAGUCUGGCAGCAACAAGAGAGCUCUGUGUGUGAUGGCUCUGUUCCUCUUCAUCACCUUUACCUUCAGCCCCGUCAGACAGCAAGCAUACAGUACAACUCGUGUAGAUCAGGUUAAUCAAGGUAAUGAAGAUCUUCAGACAAACAGAUUUGUUCAGAGUGCUUUACUCUCUCUCCGUUUCUCCAUCAGGUUGGCAGAUGAGCUGCGAGGAUGGGUCCAUCGUCAUCAGAAUAACCGGAAGUCUAAUGGAAAGGCGAAGGUUGUGAAGAAAACUAAAAUAGCUCAGAAAGCUCAGCACAGAAAGACAAACUUUUCCAGGUACCUUCCAAUUCAGGCUCAUCGUUCUAUCGAAAGUCAGCUGCAGGUCCUGCCCGGGCCAGAGAUCAGCUACAGCGACUUUCUGGAUGCUAUUGAUCGGCGUGAGGACACUUUCUACGUCGUAUCAUUCAGACGGGAUCACCUGCUGUUACCUGCCAUCAGCCACAAUAAAACAACUCGACCCAAAAUGUCUCUGGUCAUGCCUGCCAUGGCCAUCAAUGAUUCGGUGUAUAACUCGUCUCAGGGCGGCUAUGAAAUGAUGAUGCAGGUGGACUGUGAGGUGAUGGACACCCGGAUCAUCCCAAUCAAGUCCUCUGUAGUCCCGCCCUCUCUCAGAGACCCGCCCCCAGCUCCGCCCCCUCACCAUCACCACGGCAACCACACCUCCCUCCGCAGCCGACAGCAGCACUUGCAUGGCAGCGGGGCGUCGUCGAGACGGAGGGCCGCGGGUUACUUCAUCAGCCAGAGCGGAUCCGAUUGAGAGCGUCUGAGAGCAGUAUCAAAAGACUCUGCUUUACUCUCCAGCAGUAGUUUAAGGUACUUUUACUCUCAAAUCAAGCCUGGAAACAAGAGGACAAAUGAUCAGACCCAUAUAAGACACAGAGAUAUAUGAUAAUGUGAAAUGAUACAUGGUCUGUUGCACUUAUGUGGUUAGCGUAGGGUUUUCCGCGGGUGGGCUGUAUGUGGCCUCGUGCUUCCUUCCCUCCUGUUAGCAGUACUGUGUUUAUGUUCAAACCUGUUUCUGUAUCAUCUGCUCUCUUUUUAUACAUGCCUUGUUUUUUUUAUUUUUUCUUGUUUUUUUUUCGAAUUUUUAUUGAGAUUAUUUAAAAAAUGAUGUGCUUCUAUUAGAUGUGCGUUAUAAAUAUUGAUUUGAAUAUAAGAAAUUAUUUUGUAUGUAUUCUCGUCCAUCACAGUCCCACAUUUCUCCAUGUGUAUAUAUACUAUAUGCUCUGUCACAGGUGACUGCUGGUCCAGUAUAAAGCUGCUGGUUUGCUGGUCUUUCUCAUUACAGCUUGAUAUUUCUUUUUGAUGGCAGGGCUUGUGAUGGUCAAAGUUUUUGAUGUAAAUAAUGACCUAAAUUUUAGGGUGUCUCAGAAUCUUCUGCCGUUGAUGUUUUCAUUUGCAGGUGUCUUGUCUUGAAUGUGUUGCUGCUUUUGUCCCGAACCACUAACAGGACGGGGAUCCUGGGAUUUUGUUAUGCAUCAGCCUGUGCUCCUGCUUCACAGCUAACAUCUCCACAUGUUUCAUUUCACUCAAGUGACUGAAGUAAAUCAUUUAUACAGUCCAAAACGGGUUUAUGUAGCAGUCAAAUGUUUUUAUUAGUGAAUGAGUUUUGAUUUUGACAGAAGCGCUUCACCGGCCGUCCAUCAUCCCGCUCCGUUUGCUGAGAUCUCUCCACUUUCUUGUGUUCAACUCAAAGGGAAUCUGUGGCCAGAUGUACAUUUUCGUUGUAGAGACUUUAUCAGAAGUAGUUUUCUUUCUGUGAAGUUGUUUUAUCUUCUGAUUGAAGAUAUUUUCAUGUUUUCUUGUCGCCUGCAAUCUUCAUGACUUCUUUUCAAAUCUAGCUCCGUCCAUCUGAUGAUGAUGAUGAUGAUGAUGAUGAAACUUUCCCAUGAUGAACUGCUCUAGCAUGCUUCUGUUAUCUGUGAUGGAGGGAUGUUGUAUGUAAAUGUAAACCUGCUUUUUUUACUUUAUUUAAAUGAGCUUUCAUAAGGAAAACACUUAAAUUUUCUCUUCCUGUCUAUGAGAAUUUUGAACUACUGUCUUCAUUUGUAGAGGAGAAAAUAAAUUUGAUAAAUACUGUGU